AUGAAUAUUGAGGGGGAUGACGAAGAAUUUUAUAAUUUUAAUGAUAUAAAAAAAAAAAGAAAAUUUACAAAAGAAGAUGCAAUCUAUGGUGUAUUUAAUGAUGGAUGGGGAGAUUAUGAAGAUGAAGAAGAAUCUAAAAUGACAGAGGAGGAAUAUUAUAAAAUGAAAAAAAGAUAUUCAACACCAGUUGGUUUCGUUGCAAGUGGUAUUUAUGAACCAAAUGAACAUAAAUUAAAAAAUAAAGAUGGUGAAAAUAUUGACAACGAUGAUGAUGACGGUGAAGAAAAAAAAAAAAAAAAAAAAGAAAAAAAAGAAAAGAAACAAAAGAAAAAAGAGAAAAAAGAAAAAAAAGAAAAGAAAAAUAAAAAAAAGAAUAAAUAUGGUGGUGGUGGUGGUAAUAAUUAUGAUGAUAGUGAUAAUGAUAAAUCAAUUGAAGAUAAACCAGUUGGUGGUAUUGGUGCAGCUUUAUUAUCAAAAAUGGGUUAUAAAGGUACAGGUGGUUUAGGUCGUGAUGGUGGCGGUAUGGUUGAACCAAUUAAAGUACAAGUUAGACCUAAAAAUGCUGGUUUAGCAUCUGUUACAGAAUUAAAUGUUAAUAGUAGUGAUGAUAGCGACGAUAGUGAUCAAAGUGAAGGUGAUACUGAUAGUGAUAAUGAAAAUAAGAGAUCAUUAGGUUGGAAAAAGAAAGAACCAAAAUUAAAAUAUGAUUUUGAUGAACAUUUAGAAUCAACAACUACAACAACUUUUAAAAAGAAAACUACCACAACAACAGCAACAACAACAACAUCAUCAACACCUCAAAUUGUAAUUGAUAUGCGUGGUCCAGAAGCAAGAUUGUAUACAGGUAUGGAAGAAAUCAAACAUCAUAAACAUCAUCAUCAUCAUCAACAUAAUAAAGAAUAUCAAAAUAUUACAUCAAUAUUAGAUGAUCAAUCAAAACCAUUAAGUGAAUUAAAACAUAAUGUAGAUUUAUUAUUAAAAUUAAAACAAAUUGAUAUUCAAAAUCAAGAUAAUAAAAUUAAACAUGAAAAUGAUAAAAUCAAUAAUUUAACAAGAGGUGUUGAGAAAUUGAAAUUAACUAUUGAAAAUGAUAAAGAACAAAUUAAAAAAGUAACAGAGAUUUUAGAAACAAUAACAACCGUAAAGAAACAAUUGGAUCAAUCGCAAUUAGAUUUAAAACAAUUAUAUAAAGUUUUCAAGAAAUUGAAAUCAAAUUAUCCAAAAGAAUAUCAAAAUUUUAAAUUAUAUAAUUUACAAAAAGAAUUAUUAGAACCAUUAUUAAAGGAGAAAUUAAAUCAAUGGGAAUUAGAAUCAAAUAGUGAUAAUAAUGAUAAUAGUAGUUUAGAAAUUAGUAAAAAACUUUCAAAAGAAAUGGUGAAAUGGAGACAACUUUUUCAAGAGAGUGUAUCAGUUUUGGGUGAAUAUCAAAUCAAUGUUUACUUUUUAAUUAUGAGAGAUUUGUUUUUACCAAAGUUUAAAAAUUACCUUAGAAGUCAAUGGGAUGUAAAGAAACCUUCAAAUGCUGCAACACUAAUUUCGACAUGGUCCGAUACAUUACCAGACGUUAUUCAAGAGGCAUUAUUGGAACAAUCGAUUUUACCAAAAUUAAAAGUUGCAAUAGAGAAAUGGGAUCCUAGAACUGAUCCUAUACCAUUGGAUCAUUGGUUAUUACCUUGGAUACCAUUAUUAGGUAGUGAAUUGGAAUCAUUCUAUCCUUUAAUUCGUCAAAAGAUAAUUAGUGCCUUACAAGAUUGGCAUCCUUCUGAUAAAUCUGCAAUAAAGAUUUUAACACCAUGGAAAAAUAUUUUCCAAUCAAAUUCAAUGGAUUCUUUAUUAAAUAGAGCAAUCAUUCCAAAAUUAUCAAAAUCAAUUAAAGAUUUAGAAAUUAAUCCUUCAAAUCAAAAAUCACCAAUUGAAAUUCAAUGGUUAUUAAGAUGGUCAAAUUUAAAUAAUAAUGAUAAUAAUAAUAAUAAUAAUAAUAAUAACAAUAAUGAUAAUAAUAAUAAUAAUAAUUCAAUAACAACAACAGAUAAUAUUAAUUUAGAUUCUGGAUUAAUAACAUUAUCAACAAUAAUUUGUAUAUUAGAAAAGGAUUUCUUUACACGUUGGUUAAAAAUUUUAUUGGAAUGGUUAAAAUCACCAGAUGCAAAUUUAGAGGAAAUUUCAAAUUGGUAUAGUGGUUGGAAAAAACAAUUCCCAAAAGAAAUCAUUUCAAAUGAUAAAAUUAAAUCAAUAUUUAAUAUUUCUUUAAAUUUAAUGAAAAAAGUAUUAUCAAAUGAAACCAUUCAAAAAGAUGAUGAAAUUUUAAUUUCUCAAAAAAUUAAUUCACUUUUAAAUACAAAUAUUAAUAAUAAUAAUAAUAAUAAUAAUAAUAUUAAUAAUUCAUAUCAACAACAAAAUCAACAACAACCAAUAAAACCAAUUUCAUCACCAUCUUUAAAUAGUAGUAAUAAUAAUAAUAUUGAUAAUAUAUCAACUAAACAAAUGGUUGAACAAUUAGCAAUUAAAAAUGGUUUAUUAUUUAUACCAUCUGAAAAGAAAACAAAUUCAGGUCAACAAAUUUAUAUUUUCGAUAAGAUUCCAAUAAUAAUUGAAAGAGAUUUAAUUAUGUAUAAUAAUAAUAAUAAUAAUAGGUGGGAACCUGCUAAUAUUCAAUAUUUAUUAGAUAAGUCAUUAAAUAAAUAA